GCAUGUGUUGCCCGUACCUUGUUCAGAUUCACGUUGAUGGCUCAUCGUUCUGCUUCGGCCGUGUGUUUGUGUGAAUUGGUUUUGCGAAGAGAAAAGAGAGUACCGUGAGAAGCCGUGCACUGCGUAUACGGCGAUCGGAGGUGAUCGAAGCUCUUGUGUGAACAGAUCAACAGCUUCCCAACGGUUUAGCAGUGAAGUGCAUCUUUCGCUGUACAUGCGAAAAACGGUGCACCAUCGUUCUAUGUGUGUUUGGUGCCAUUGCUGGUUUCCCCACGGUCCACGGUGUGUACCCUCUGUGUGAAUUCGUUUCUUAAACAUUUGUGUUUCUAUACAAAAAAACUACAAAAUCCACACGCCGCACCGUGUCACAAUUACCUUGGAGUUUAUAAUUUAAUGUGUUUUUCUCGUCAGAACGCACCGUGCAUAGUGGUGCAAGUUACCAUCUGACACCGGAACCAGAAAGAAAUCGACCAAGCAAACGGUUGUGUGUUAUUCACCUUUAGAAAAACCCGCAGUUUAGAAGGAACGAUGAAGCAAAGAAAACACCGAGCAAAGUAGCGUGUGUGAAAGAAUAUUCCUACACAAUAAGUUGUGUGCGUGCAUAAGUGUGAGUGUGUGUGUGUUUAUGAGUGUUUUUUUUUCUUCAUUGCGAUUUUCUGAACCAACAUCAGCAGUACGAGUAGACUCUUUCAAGAAAAGGCAAUUGUUGCUCGAAGCUAGGCAACACGGAAAAUGAGGCUGUCCAUUGCUGGCAGCUGGAAAAGCAUCGUCGCCAACGAAAUCGACCAUCAAAAGACGGCAAGAACGCUUGUCGCCGUGGGUGUAUAGCGCGGAGUGGUCAACCACUAGUGGGGUGGCGUAACGAGUUUUCUUUAUCAGCUGGCAUCCUACCCGCGCUGCUCCGUCAGAAUCGAAACACAUACGUCGUCGUCGUUAUCAGCUUGCUUGUUUUGCCGUUUCGUCGCCCAAGCGCGCCCGCCUUGCACACAAUGGCGUCCGUUGCCUUCCCAUUCGGUUGAAAUUACGUAUUCCGAAAGGUGCUGUAGAAAGCGAAACCAAAACAGAGGUGAACCUGUCAAAUAGGAGGCGGCUACUUCGAUCGGACACCAGCACACAAGUGAUCGUAAUAGUCAUAAGGUACGGACUAGUUUCAAUGUCUUGUCUGUCCUGACUUAAGAAGAGUAUUACCGAUUGAUCGUUCGCUAAAGUCAGAUCUACUGAGUAAAUCCUAAAUGCGGCGUGUAGAGCAAACACUUAGAAAUCAAAGGAUAACUGAAAGCUGAACAGAACAUUAGUUCCUUGUGUCGCCGCUACCGACGCGCCGUCACGCCAUACGGCAGGAGGAAUGACCAUCGUUAUGGCUGGUCUAUCGACAUCGGAAAUAUGUGAAAACACGAAACUGGCCCGUGAAAUGGCCGUGAUGGGGAACUACGAUUCGGCCGGUAUCUACUAUGAGGGUGUGCUACAAAUGCUGCGCAAACUGCUGAUCGGCCUUAGUGAACCACUGCAAAAGGGCAAAUGGUUAAUGAUACAACAAGAAAUUAACAAAGAGUACAAUCAAAUGAAACUUAUUCAAAAGACGCUUACGGAGAUUACAAUGGAUCUGCAAAAUGCACCGCUACAAGCUCGCAUCCGCACGCCCCUGCACGAAACGGCCAGCAAAGAUCCAGCAGCUUGGUUUCGGGCCGAUCCAGACAUCUGGAUGCCGCCUGUAUCCGGCCGAGGUGCCGUUGACCCGGAUGUGUGGGCACCACCACCGGAUAUGCCACCGCCGGAUCAUCGUCGCGCCGUAGCACCCCGCAAUCAAUCACGCUCCAGCACGGCGCUGAACCGGAAGUCGGAAGUAAACCGCCGAAAUGCGGCUACUAAAUCGGCAUCCACGUCAACCGUCGGAGGACGCAAGACAAUCAGCCAGUCGUCACGUGCCACGACUGGCGGCAGCUCGGGAAUGAAUGGUGCAUCGCGCACCGGAACGCUGACGAGAACGAAAGGUGGGGCAGGACAGCGGAGCUCGACCGUAACUGGGGCUGGUGAUGCUACUAACGGCAAUGGAGAGAAGAGCGACAAGGAAAAGCUGGACGACGAGGAAGGUAACGGUGGCGAUACACCGGAGGAAGUGGAGCGCAAAUUCGAACCGGCCAGCCACGUGGAUGUGGAUCUAGUGGAUAUGCUCGAGCGUGACAUACUGCAGAAGAAUCCAAACAUUCACUGGGAUGAUAUAGCGGACCUGCAUGAAGCGAAACGGCUGCUGGAGGAAGCCGUCGUCCUGCCGAUGUGGAUGCCGGACUAUUUCAAGGGCAUCCGAAGACCGUGGAAAGGUGUGCUGAUGGUUGGUCCACCCGGUACCGGGAAAACUAUGCUCGCUAAAGCCGUAGCUACCGAAUGCGGCACAACGUUCUUCAACGUGUCCUCGUCGACACUUACCUCAAAGUAUCGGGGUGAGUCUGAGAAGCUGGUUCGUCUCCUGUUCGAGAUGGCACGUUUCUACGCGCCCAGUACGAUCUUUAUCGAUGAAAUCGAUUCACUAUGCUCUCGCCGUGGUUCGGAGUCCGAGCAUGAAGCUUCGCGGCGUGUCAAAUCCGAGCUGCUGGUGCAGAUGGACGGCGUCAGUAACGAUGAAGCGACCAAGAUAGUUAUGGUACUGGCCGCGACCAAUUUCCCCUGGGACAUUGACGAGGCGUUACGGAGACGACUCGAAAAACGAAUCUAUAUCCCACUUCCGAACAGUGAGGGCCGUGAGGCACUGUUAAAGAUUAAUCUGCGUGAAGUAAAGGUGGACGAAUCGGUGGACAUGCGCGACAUUGCUGACCGGCUAGAUGGUUACUCCGGUGCGGACAUAACGAAUGUUUGCCGCGAUGCAUCGAUGAUGUCGAUGCGGCGCAAGAUCGCCGGCUUGCGGCCAGAACAGAUACGGCAGCUGGCAAAGGAGGAACUCGAUCUGCCGGUGUCGAAGCAGGACUUCAAAGAGGCCAUUGCCAAGUGCAACAAGAGCGUAUCCAAAGACGAUCUAGCGAAGUAUCAGCAGUGGAUGAAGGAAUUCGGUUCCUCGUGAUCGAACGUGUGUUUCGUCCAACUUAUGGCGAGGAAAGCGGUGACGAUCAGCUUAAGUAUAAUAAGACUUUCGUCGAUGACUGAUGCGUGGGCGAUUGAACUGUUUUGGACAGUUCAGCAUGAGAUUGUGAUCAUUGUAUAAAGUGAAGAAAGCGAAUGUGAAACUGAUCGUUAAAGGGAGUAACAAAACAUAGGGAGCAACAUGAAUUAGUAAAACUGUCCUACAACUCGAAAUGCAGCGCACUCACUGGAAAUUUAGUAUCGUCCCAAUCUGGCGGAAUUAAUAGCUUGCUUAUUCGUGCUCAUUACACGCGUUCAUCAUUUUAUCGAAACCGUUUGCUUGCUUUCGUUAGCAGGGUGCAUGAUCAUACAGUCGCACUUAUCUUAAUAGUUCCUUCCGAAUUCUAUUUCACACAUCAUAUCAAUAUUCGCUGAGAUAGUCGUUGGAAUGUUGAUGGCAAUAAUUAGGUAGGUCAGCGGUAUUUUUUUCUGUUAAUUGUAAUGCGCAUUGGCGUUUCUAUGUGCCGAUCAUCAUCCAUCGCCUUGAUUGCUGUGCCUAUCAUUCGUAGGACCAUUUCAACAACAUUAAAUGCUUCAAAGGAGCAAUGAGAAGCUCGGAAACGUUGGAAUGAAGGAACAAACCGAAUGAAACAGAACACACUGAAACUACUAUCGAGCCCUUCGCGGAAGGGCAAGAACUGCUGUGCAGUGUAUAACACCUUUCUGUUUUCUUUUAAAUUUUACUACUACAAUAAAAACAAUUAUAAUACUAAGUGUAAGGAAUAAGAUGUAAUAAAACACUUGAAUAACAUUUUAUAAAAAAGAGACAAAAUAAAUGCAUAAAUGUGUA